AUGGUUGCCUUCCAGCACCAGACCAUCAAUUCUCCCAUCCUCAACCUCGUACGUACAAUGAAAGUACGAUCGUCAGUAAAGAAGAUCUGUGACGGGUGCUCGACUGUCAGACGUAGAGGAAAAUUGUUUGUAACCUGCAGCAAGAACAAGAAGCACAAGCAGCGUCAGGGAUAA